AUGGCUGAAGAAAGACAAGAAGAGAACUUUCCUAUUGUGAAGGAUGAGAAGAGCAAUGACAGUGAUGUUAACAGCGAGGACCUCAGUUCCCAUGAUGAACAAAAUAAUAUCAAUAACUCUCAGUUUUAUGAGAGUAGUGAUAGCAAAAUAGAUUAUGCUGUAAAAAUAGAUGACAAUGAUACAUUAAGUGAUAUAGAUGAUAUUAAAACAGAUACGGCCUCAGCUGACAGUGAGGAUUCUGCUCUUGGUAGCUUGCCACCAGACAGUGGAACAAAUGAUGGGGAAGAAGAAGUGCAGGAUAGAUCAGAUGGUAGCGAUUUAGGGCUUGGACCCGAAAGUAGUGACAAUGCAGACCUGUACCGACUCGACAAAGACGAGCUCUCUUACGUGCUGCGGGUGUCAGAAAGAUUGAAGCCUAUGAAAAGGAUGAAUGCAGAGACA